UUCCUGAAGGGGAGGGUGGAUGCACGCGCGCGGCCCCGCGCUGCAAAUUUCCACCGGGGAGGGAGAGUGGCUGGAUGCGGAGAGUUUGGAGUUGCUUGCCGCGGAGGGCAGGAAGGGGAGCAGGGCCGGGAAAGGGGGCUGGCGGGCGCUAUAGCUGGGAGUAAGUUUCCAGGAUCGGGAGAGCCUGCACGCUUGCACGCUACUCUGCUCGCCCCCCAGCUCACCCCCCAAGCGGAGUCUGGUCUUGUCGGAUUGCCCAUGCACUUGUUGCAGAAACAGCCAAGGCCCUGGCUCUGGAGGAUGCUGAAGGAGGAAGACAUGGAAGCAGGACGACCCUGAAAGAUUAAGCGUCUUAAUCCUGAAACAGAACCAGGACUCCUCUUCCCACCUGCCCAGCAGCAUGAGAGCAGCAUGACUGGCCGGCCGCAGGAGAAGCCCCCAGAGCCAGGCCCCCAACUCAGCCAUCUGCUGUGGAGGUCAAGGUGUGAGUGGCAUCUCUGCACCACGGUGGUGUUUAGUCCAUACCUCAGCCCGCGUGAGGAUGUAAAGUCCCCUACUCUGCACAUGAGUGGUAUAGGCCAACAGGAACAUCUGGCUGCAGCCACGUUCACCGACAUGUCAGCCGUGGAAUAGUGUGGACGCCUUCUCUCAGCUUCUCAGGGUCUCAGUCCUUUUGGGUUUGUCUCAUUGACCUUUUUUUAUGGUUUUGUGGCUGGACAUUCACGGCCAAGGCAGGCACCAUGGGGGAUCAGCAGCUGUACAAGACCAAUCACGUGGCCCACAGUGGUGAGAACCUUUUCUACCAACAGCCACCACUUGGCAUCCAUGGUGGGCUGAACCACAACUAUGGGAAUACGGUCACAGGGGCUGGAAUGGAUGCCCCGCAGGCGUCACCCAUCUCCCCCCACUUCCCUCAAGAUACUCGGGAUGGUCUAGGCUUGCCUGUUGGUUCCAAAAACGUUGGCCAAGUGGAUCCCUCGAGGCAGGGAGGGUGGGGAGGUCAUACUGGGCCUGGAAACCACGUCCAGCUACGCAGCAACCUGACCAACUCUAACAUGGUGUGGGGGACACCGGCCCAGGCUGAGCCCGCCGAUGGCUACCAAUAUACCUACUCCCAGGCCAGCGAGAUCCGGACCCAGAAACUCACCAGCGGCGUCCUGCACAAGCUAGACUCCUUCACCCAGGUAUUCGCCAACCAAAACCUGCGAAUUCAGGUCAACAAUAUGGCCCAGGUGCUGCACACCCAGUCGGCAGUGAUGGACGGAGCCCCUGACAGCGCCCUGCGCCAGCUGCUGUCCCAGAAGCCCAUGGAGCCCCCAGCGCCGGCUCUUCCUGCUCGCUACCAGCAGGUGCCCCAGCAGGCUCACCCUGGUUUCCCCAGUGGGCUGUCCAAAUCAGCUCUUCAGGUGGGGCCACACGCUAGCCAGGGCCACCUGUAUUAUGACUACCAGCAGCCACUGGCUCAGAUGCCAGUGCAGGGAGGACAGCCACUGCAAGCCCCUCAGGUGCUGUCCCAGCACAUGCAGCAGAUGCAGCAGCACCAGUAUUACCCGCCGCCACAGCAGCAACAGCAGCAGGCUGGGCAGCAGCAUAUGUCCCUGCAGGAAAUGCAGCAGCAGCAGCAGAUCCGCCCGCCACAGCCUCAGCAGCAGCAGCAACAGCAGCUGCAGCUGCAGCAGCGGCAGGGUCCGAUGCAGAUACCUCAGUAUUACCAGUCCCAACCCAUGAUGCAGCACUUGCAAGAACAGCAGCAGCAGCAACAGCAGCAAAUGCACCUACAGCCCCCUUCGUAUCACAGGGACCCCCACCAGUAUGCCCCGGAGCAGGCGCAUGCCGUCCAGCUGAUCCAGCUGGGCUCCAUGCCCCAGUACUACUACCAGGAGCCCCAGCAGCCCUACGGCCACCCCCUCUGCCAGCAGAGCCACCUGCCCCAGCACCAGCAGCGCGAGGACAGUCAGCCCAAGACUUACCCAAGCGACAGGCAGGCCCAGACCAUGCUGAGCUCCCAUGGCGACCUGGGGCCUCCCGAUGCAGGAAUGGGAGACCCGGCAAGCUCGGACCUGAACCGGCUCAGCGGGGCCCUCCCCCAUCGGCCGCUCCUAUCCCCCAGCGGGAUCCACCUCAACAACAUGGGGCCUCAGCACCAGCAGCUGUCUCCCAGUGCCCUGUGGCCCCAGAUGCACCUACCUGAUGGCAGAGCCCAGCCAGGGUCCCCCGAGUCAAGUAGCCAACCAAAAGGAGUGUUUGGGGAGCAGUUUGAUGCCAAGAACAAACUGACGUGCUCCAUCUGCCUGAAGGAAUUCAAGAGUCUGCCUGCCCUGAAUGGCCACAUGCGGUCCCAUGGGGGAAUGAGAGCCUCCCCCAGUCUCAAACAGGAGGAAGGAGAGAAGGCCCUGCCGCCUCAGCCUCAGCCUCAGCCCCAGCCGCCACUGCCACCUCCGCCUCCGCCGCCACCGCAGCUCCCUCCCGAGGCAGAAAGCCUCACGCCCAUGGUCAUGCCCGUGUCUAUCCCUGUCAAGCUUCUCCCGCCCAAGCCAGGCUCUCAGGGCUUCGCCAACAGCAUCGUUGCCGCCCCCUCCGCCAGAGACAAGCCAGCCAGCUCGAUGUCGGACGACGAGAUGCCCGUGCUCGUGAGGAUGACCCUCUCUCCCCCACACUCACCCCAAGGGGCUGCCCCCCACCCGCCUGCUGUGAGUUGCUGCUCUGCCCCCCGCCCGCCUGGGGAGAUUCCCAGGAAGCACCAGCCCGGCGCGGCCAAAGCCGAGGAGCCCCUCAGGAGCUUGCCGGAGAAGAAGAAGUUCCGGCACCGGCCCGAGCCGCUCUUCAUCCCGCCCCCGCCCUCCUACACCGCCAGCCCCGCCGCCUCGGCCUCGGGCGCCACGCUGUAUCAGAGCCAGCUGCGCUCCCCGCGCGUGCUCGGGGACCACCUGCUGCUGGACCCCGCCCACGAGCUGCCCCCCUACACGCCCCCGCCCAUGCUGAGCCCGGUGCGCCAGGGCUCGGGGCUCUUCAGCAACGUCCUCAUCGCGGGCCACGGCCCCGGCGCCCACCCGCAGCUGCCCCUCACGCCCCUGACGCCCACGCCGCGGGUGCUGCUGUGCCGCUCCAACAGCAUUGAUGGCAGCAACGUGACAGUCACCCCGGGGCCUGGAGAGCAGACCAUUGAUGUUGAACCACGCAUCAACAUUGGCUUGAGGUUCCAAGCAGAGAUCCCAGAACUUCAGGAUGUCUCUGCCUUGGCCCAGGACACACACAAGGCCACACUGGUUUGGAAGCCCUGGCCAGAACUAGAAAACCAUGACCUCCAGCAAAGAGUGGAGAACCUCCUGAACUUGUGCUGUUCAAGUGCAUUGCCCGGUGGAGGGACCAAUUCUGAAUUUGCUUUGCACUCUCUCUUCGAGGCCAAAGGUGAUGUGAUGGCUGCUCUGGAAAUGCUGCUGCUGCGGAAGCCAGUCAGGUUAAAAUGUCAUCCUUUAGCAAAUUACCACUAUGCCGGUUCGGACAAGUGGACCUCCCUCGAAAGAAAACUGUUUAAUAAAGCACUAGCCACUUACAGCAAAGACUUUAUUUUUGUACAGAAGAUGGUGAAGUCUAAGACAGUGGCUCAGUGUGUGGAGUACUACUACACGUGGAAAAAGAUAAUGCGCUUGGGGCGGAAACACCGGACACGCCUCGCAGAAAUCGAUGAUUCUGUGGUGAGUGAAGCUGCUCAGUCGCUGCUUAUGCGGGCCCCGCUCCCGCCCCACACCCAGACAAGUGAAGAAGAGGAAGAGUUAGAGGAGGAGGAGGAGGACCCAGAGGAAGAUAGGAAAUCCACAAGAGAAGAGGAGAGUGAAGUGCCCAAGUCUCCUGAGCCACCACCAGGCCCUGUGCUAGCUCCUGCGGAGGGGCCGCCCCUGCAGGCCCUCGGCCAGCCCUCUGGCUCCUUCAUCUGUGAGAUGCCCAACUGUGGCGCUGACUGUAGAUGUCAUGUCACUCCCUUUCUUCCCCAGGUGUUCAGCUCCCGACAGGCACUGAAUGGCCAUGCCCGCAUCCAUGGUGGCACCAACCAGGUGACCAAAGCCCGAGGUGCCAUCCCCUCUGGAAAGCAGAAGCCGGGCAACGCCCAGAGUGGGUACUGCUCAGUGAAGAGCUCACCCUCUCACAGCACCACCAGCGGUGAGACAGACCCCACUACCAUCUUCCCCUGCAAGGAGUGUGGCAAAGUCUUCUUCAAGAUCAAAAGCCGAAACGCCCACAUGAAAACGCACAGGCAGCAGGAGGAACAGCAGAGGCAAAAGGCUCAGAAGGCAGCUUUUGCCGCCGAAAUGGCCGCCACUAUUGAGAGGACUACGGGGCCCGCGGGGGCGCCGGGGCUGCUGCCUCUGGACCAGCUGAGCCUGAUCAAACCCAUCAAGGACGUGGACAUCCUCGAUGGCGACGUUGUCCAGCAGCUGGGAGGCGUCAUGGAAGAGGCCGAGGUCGUGGACACGGAUCUCCUCUUGGAUGACCAAGAUUCGGUUUUGCUUCAAGGGGACGCGGAACUAUAAACCCGGCUUGUCCCGUGAAGAAGGCCAACACCCACGGCCUCCGUCUUCAUUAAUCAGGAACCCUGGACUCCCUGCUCGUUUUGUAACCAUUUUAAACUACCUGUUUAAAAAAAAGUGGUCAUUUCAUUCAGGUUUAGGGGGAAAAAUUUUUUUUUCAGUUUCUUUUCCUUUUAUUUAAAAAUAAAUGUUUCUAUGGGAGGUUGGAGGGAAUAAAUAAUUGGCACAACUCUAUUUAAGAGGUGUUUCAUCUGGGCUACAUUCCCACGAACUCAUUCCUGGCAGGGAAUAAACCUGACCUUCAAUGUUCCUUUGCUUUCAGAUGUCAA